AUGGAAGUGCUUGUAUCGGAGACGCGGCCAGACGGAGCCGACGCGUAUCUUUUCAGGCAGCUGGUGGCUCUUAAGCAAGACGUGAUGCGAACUGCAGCGAGUAUGAAGAAGCGUAAGCCGCAAGCAACGUUGGAUCUGGAGGCGAAGUACCGGCACUACGACAAGAUGGUGAUGCUCGCGGAAGAAGCGGUGCUCACCGGCCGACUUCCCAGCCUCAUCGACCCCAAGCUGCUCACGGUGCUGGAGGAAGCAGCGCAGGAUCGCCGCCAGGAGAUGGACCUCCUGAACUCACACGUCCCUACCCUCCUCUCCCCUUCCCAAUCCGCACGUCCCCGCCUCCCUGCAGCGUCCCUGAAGCCCAUUGAAGAGGCAUCAGCCGGGUUGGAGAUCGACCCCAAGCUGCUGACACCCAUAGAAGAGGCAUCAGCCGGGCUGGAGAUCGACCCCAAGCUGCUGACCGUGCUGGAGGAAGCAGCGCAGGACCGCCGCCAGGAGCUCGACCUGCAGGGCCACCACUUUAAAGCCCCCCUCGCGUACCUCCCCGAGUCCGUCGCCCUUCUAGACUGGAUCGUGGAGCUUCGCCUGGCGAACAACGGCCUAGUGGUCCUCCCGCAGGCCAUCGGGAACCUUUUCUGCCUCUCGGUCCUCGACGCCUCGUGCAACAAACUUGUCGAGGUGCCCGAGUCUAUCGGGCAUCUGGCGAAACUCCGGGUGCUGGAUCUGCACCACAACUACCUGGAAGAGCUGCCCACGUCCAUCGGCCACUGCGAGGCGUUAGAGGAGCUCAGGCUCGGGUUCAACUCCCUUACCGGGCUUCCAGAAGCGAUCUGUAAACUGUCGGAGCUGAAGCUGCUGUCUGCGCCGCUGAACCAGCUGACGUAUGUUCCGCGGCGGAUUGGGAAUUUGGAGAAGCUGACGGAUCUGGAUGUGCAUUACAACUCGCUGCAGUCGAUCCCCGAGAGCAUCGGACGGCUGGAGAGGCUCACGUCGCUCAACAUCAGUGCGAACCACUACCACCUGAAGGAGCUUCCGGAGACGCUCGGGAACCUGAGGAGCCUGGUGAAGCUGGAUAUCAGCGAGAAUUAUAUAAAGAUUCUGCCGGUGUCGUUUGUGAACCUGACGAGUCUGAAGAAGCUGUCGCUGCAGGGGAACCCAUGGCAGCACCCGCCCAUGGAUGUGGUUAACUCAGGCCUGCAGGCGUUCUGCGUCGCCCUCAGCACGGCGCUAAGCCAGUUCCGCGACGUGCUGGCGUGUCUGGACGUCCACCGCCACUCCCCCUUGCUCGCCGCUCUUCCGCCUGCGCCACUAUCCGCCAGCUCCCUUCUCCCCGCAGCAGGGGGUUCUGCCCGCAGGGAAGGGCAGGAGCGGCAGCAGCAGCAGCAGCGGUGGCGGCAGGAGGGGAGGGGAGAGGAGGAGAGGAAGGGCGCGGAGAGCGAGAGUGUGGCGUUACGGACUGGGGUUUCAGAAGCGCGCUCAGCGGGGAGAGACGAGUCAGGAGGAGCAGCACCGGGGCUAAGAGAGGGGGGGCUCGCUGCGGGGGAUGCGGCUGGGCGUGUGGGGCAUGGGGGGCAUAGGGAAGCGGGCAGGGGGAGGCAGGAGCAGCGCGGGGAGUAUCUGCGGCUAAGACACCUGCUGGCGUUCCUUUCGCCGUGGUUCGUGCGCUUGGAGUGCCUCGUCAGCUUCAUUGAUGAGUGCAGGUCUGUGGGUACAGGCACGGGUACGCAUGGAUGUUG